AUGGGAAGAGCCCCUUGUUGCUCUAAACAGGGUCUGUAUACAGGUCCAUGGAGUGCUGAAGAAGAUACUCUGCUAAUUAAUUAUAUUCGGGUACAUGGUGAAGGCGAUUGGAGAAAUUUGCCUGCAAGAGCUGGAGUACUUAGAUGUGGUAAGAGUUGCAGGUUAAGAUGGGUUAACUAUCUGCGACCAGACAUAAAGAGAGGAAACAUCUCUUCUGAUGAGGAAGACCUUAUUAUCAGGCUUCAUUUUCUUCUUGGCAAUCGUUCGGCUCUCAUCGCAGAAAGAUUACCUAGCCGAACUGACAAUGAGAUUUAA